AGUUCGUCUUCUUCUCUCCUCCUGCUCCCUUCUCCCCUGCAAAAGAUAGGAACCGUCCAUCUUGGAACCGCUCCCGAUCCUUCCCUCCCGGAACCGAUCUCCGGCACGUUGCAGUGUCAACCUCCGUAAAUAAAGGCAAGAGAGGUGGCAUUUCCGUGUACCCUCUUCCGUUUUCCUGACAUAACCACCACCAUCACUGAGAACUGGCCAUCGCCACCACCUGACCACCUUCCUCUGUUUUCUUCUCCCCGCUUGUACUCUGUAGAACAGUUCUUCAGUGUCAAAAUUCGUAAAUAAGGACAGCGUUUGGUGGCACUUUCUGAACACUCGUCCAGCGUUAUUUUUUUGUCUAGGUCUUCUCUUCCCGCAGUUCUGAUUUGUAGAUCUGUGAGAAGCUUCUGAGAGAUGGGGAAUGCAAAUGGGAGAGAAGAGGGGGAGAAUGGCGGCGACGAUCCGUCGGUACGAUCUGAUGGGGAAACGGGCUUUCGCAGUGAUUUCCCAGCCAACUCUGACCGCCCGGUGCGUGUGAAUUCGUUGGAUUCGAUGGGGAACUCACCGCCCCAAAGCCCUGGUCGGUCUCGAUCUCCGCUUAUGUUUGCUCCCCAGAUUCCUGUAGCCCCUCUGCAGAGAGCUGAUGCCCCACCUGUUUUCAAUCAAAUGUGGCUGAAUGAAUCUCCUGAUGAGCAAGAUCCUCCUGAGCAAGGAAUUCCCAUAAUGAUCACAUGGAAUUAUGGUGGUAAUGAUGUUUCUGUGGAAGGGUCUUGGGACAACUGGACAUCAAGGAGGAAACUGCAAAGAUCGGGUAAGGAUUAUUCUCUCCUGUUGGUCCUUCCAUCAGGAAUAUACCAGUACAAGUUCAUUAUUGAUGGCGAGUGGAGAUACAUUCCAGAACUACCUUACGUAGCUGAUGAUACGGGUUGCAUAUGUAAUCUCCUAGAUGUGAAUGACUAUGUGCCGGAAAAUCCAGAAAGCAUUGUAGAGUUUGAGGCCCCACCAUCACCAGACUCCAGCUACAGUCAGCAGUUUCCGGUGGAUGAAGACUUUGCCAAGGAGCCAGUGGUUGUUCCACCACAGCUACAUCUGACAGUCCUUGGAAUGCAGAACCCACCAGAAGCUCCAACGAAGCCUCAGCACGUCGUCCUCAACCACCUUUUCAUAGAGAAAGGUUGGGCUUCUCAGUCUCUGGUUGCUCUUGGAUUGACCCACAGGUUCCAGUCUAAGUAUGUUACCGUUGUCCUUUAUAAGCCUCUCAGGAGGUAAGAAAGAGCCCCUCCAACUUUCUGGCACUCAUAUUUGUACAGGGGAGCUUCACUAUGCUGUUUCAACAUUUGUGUUAAUAGAUGAACUUUACGUUCGCUUUCCUCGUAUUUUUCUUC